UACUGCUCCCGAAACUGGUGUUUCCUGUUGGCCGUUGGUUCAGAAACCCUUCCAACAUCUCAUAUUCUCUCGACAGAGAGAGGUAGCUUGAAUGUCUGCUGUCAAGUUCGCCUAUCAACCUUACAAGCUGUUCGAGCCUCCGUUCCACCCCGAGAGGCCAAUCAUCGUCGACGCUGACUCGAUUGACUCGCCGGAGACAGUGACCCUCCGGUACGAGGAGGAGGCCGCAGCAAGAGCGAACGGUGGAUGCCUUCGGGGGGACUCCCCGCCUGGUUUCCUGCCCAAGUCAUAUUUGAAGCCGCAACCGCCCCAAAUGCAUGCCUUCGAAUCUUCGAGAUCAUACCAGGAUCCUCAGUACCAGUAUUCCGCACCGUCAUUUCCCGCACACCAGCCUGAAAAUGGUGCUGCCCAGCUCAACCAGAUGGCCUUUGCGGCCAACAGUUCGGCCAGCCAGUACAUGGCGCCAGCAAGUGUCGAGCCAACUUUGAUCUCGUAUCAGCCAUCUGCAACAAGAGUCACCAUAAAGAUUACAGCUCCAUAUGACUUGAUUGGGGUUACCAGCCACUUCUUCCUCGCCUUCGGACAACAGAGAUGCCCAGCGCACGCCAUUAGGGACACACAUGAUACGACUGGCUAUGGCUAUGUAGUCAGCGGAGACGUGCCAUCAUUCGAGGACACCAGGAGCCCCAGUACCAACGUGCCUUUAUCAUUGCUCGUCGAAACCCAUGAUGCACAGCCUUUCGCGACGAUUGCAGUGGGCACGUUUACAUAUCAUGACACUCAAGUUGGGUCAGUAGGGACCCCAAGCGAAGAUGUCACGCGCAAAAUAUCGCAGUCACCUGAGCAGAGACAGAGCCCUCCCAAACAGGAAGAGCACCAACAUCCACCGGACCACUUGUCAGAGACAGCUACAAAUACUUAUGGCUACCAUCCCGAGGGCCAGCAAGAAACAUCCUCUACGUAUGAUGCUGCUUACCCGAACAACAACAACAACAACAAUAACAUGAUUGGAACUUACCAUCGCACCUAUUCGUCCGAUUACCGACACAUCCCGCCACCACCGAAAGCUACUCAUUCGUCCACAUGGAGUCAAAGCCCAUACGGCCCGUCCACCAGCUCAUUGCGCAGCCCAGCCCUGAGCCACUCUCAUGCCUCGAUCACCCGCCCAACCAUCACAUCGCUGCCGGCACCCAUGCAUAAUUCAACAUUACUGGUGCGGACCAGCACACUCCAGUCACAAUCGCCAAACUCAGGCCAGUACAACCCAUACCAGCUGUUUCCCCAAAAGGCGCAGUUGAAGAUCAAUGGAGAUCUGGAAUCGAUGGCAAACGGGUGGAGUAAAGAAGAGUGGGAGAACCGGCGGCGCAUCGUGCUGUUCACAAAGAAAUUGCAGGGGAGUGUGGUGACUACCAGCUUCCGGCCGGUUAGCGUCAACGAGCGACCAUCCCACAGUAUUUGCAUCAGCUGCAUCUGGUGGGCCGAGAAGGGGGAAUGCUACGUGACGAGCGUCGACACAAUCCACCUACUGGAGCAGUUGGUCGCAGCGCCCUCCCGGUUCACGGUCGAGGAGAAGAACCGCAUACGACGAAACCUCGAAGGAUUCCGACCCCUUACAGUAAGCAAAGCCAAGGCCGACAGUGAAGAAUUCUUCAAGAUCAUCAUGGCUUUUCCCAACCCGAAGCCGAGGAACAUUGAGAAAGAUGUGAAGGUGUUCCCAUGGAAGAUUCUGGCACAGGCUCUGAAAAAGAUUAUCUCUAAAUACUCGGCGUCACCAUCAACACAUCCCGUCGGGCCCGCAUUACUCACCCCAAUCAGCAGCACAAGCCCCGGGCUUUACCCGCCACCACACACGCCAAAUGUGCCUGACAACUACUCUCACCAUGAUGCUCACAGCAUCGCUUCACCACGCUCUCUGUCAGGGGCUUCGUCCACCUGGGCCACAGGCGGGUACUCAGGUCGAUCCUUGUGCCCAGACCUGAAAUCAACGUCACCCACCGUAGGGACAAUUCGCAUGCCAAGUCUGUCGUCGUAUGGAGCUUUGGACACAAGAAACUCUGCACAUUACGGGUUACCGCCGCAGCCGCAAGGACGAUGGGACACGGCAGCAGUCACAAGUGGAUAUAUCGACGCGGCUGGCGUGCCCGCAUACACAAAUCACCAGCACCAGAGUCAGGUGUACGGCACGGGCGCAUAUGGCGAUGCUGGACAGCGAGCAUGA